UUGUAUUGUCUGCAUCAUUCAUCCUUCUUUAUAUUCGUUUAGCUGAUUCUCCAAAAUAUCGAAUAUGACCUUCCCACCCACCCCGACCGGCGAGACCAGCUCCCACGCCGGCAACUGCCACUGCGGCACGGUGCAGUUCCAUUUCAUCCUAUCGCCGCCACUACCCGAGUACCCGACUGCCAGCUGCAACUGCUCCAUCUGCUCGAAGAACGGGUAUCUACUCGUGUACCCGUUCCAGAAGGACUUCGUCAUCGACAAAGGAGCGGAGGUGCUCAAGAAGUAUCGCUUUGGCGACCGCAAGGCGACGCACCAGUUCUGCAGCGACUGCGGCAGUAGUUGCUUCAUCUGGCCGCCUCCCAUGGAAGGUGAACCGAUCACGGCCAUUAAUGUGCGGCUCCUAAAAGACUUUGAUACGGAGAUACUGAAGAUCAACAAGGUUGAUGGGAGGUCAUUCCCGCCGGAGUACAAGGCAUAACUCCGCAGAUCUAUGUGUUGCGUUGUAGGGACAUUCAACCCUAAUGUAUACUAUCUAUCUCAUCCUGCAUAUAAUACACUCCCUUCUGCUCAC